AUGCUUUUACUUAAAUGUAAUGCUGGAUUAGAUUGUCGUAACAUUUCCGGCUGGCGACCUAUUGAUGAGUUAAUCGCUACUGGAAACGAAAUGCUAGUUCGAGAAGGUUUUAAACAUUUUAAGGAUCAGCUUAGUAGCAAUGGCCAAGGUGCUUUAAUUUCCCAGAAGCUUAUGGAAAUUCCCGACUGCAUUUUAGACUUCGAAUGGGAGUUUCGGACUUGGAUUCCUUUUGUUGCUCGACACCUGCCAUCUGAUAACUGUCGAUUGUUCAAAAAGGGCAAUCUUCUUAGACUUGAUACCUCUCUCCUGGAUUUUAAAAAUCGCGACUGGGUUAGAGGUCAGCUGAGUAUUGUAGUUGACGCCGGUAAACCAUUUGGAUCUCGUAUCUGUCUUCUUGACCACGAACACCGUAGUUACCAAAUUCUUGAUGGAACGGUAAGAGCUUAG